UGAAUUCCCAACGGACCAGCAACAUGACUUGGCCCGAAUGGCAAAUUCGAAACCACGAGGUGCUGACUAAGCCACGAUGCAGAAGGCGGAAAUCCAGCACGCACUGGCAGGUUCUAUCUCCCCACCAUCACUCACCGCUAGCAGCACGCCAGAGGGCUGCAUUUCUUUCGAUUCUACCAUGACAACGUACUAUUUCCUCUAACCUGUUGUCUUGCUGCUUGAAAUUACUCCCUAAUGGCCCGGAUGGACUACACGUCGGUUGUGUACGACCAGCAGCCAUCGUCUGAUGACCUUACAUCCGCUUCCUUCGAUUCACAUUCGACUUGUUCAAAUCUAUUCGGAAUUUCGUGUACAAAUAAUCCUUCCUCUCUCGACGGCACCGGAAAAGUAGGCCACAUCUGCGAUGACGAUGGCCUGCAAGGUGAAGUGUUGGCCGCGUAUCCUUCUCCUCCAUCAAGCAGCUCACCACUGGGGCGGAGUGUGCCGCUUCCCACUCUUUGUGUGGCUUAUAUACUACCUAGGGGAGCCACAUAUGGGGGUAUACUAGACUCGCCAGUGCUCGUAGACCAUGACCUGGGCAUGUCAUUCCUACCGCUUUCACCACCUCCUACCCUUCCUACUCCGACAACGGCUCUUCCCCCGACGGACGAACCAGCGGCCCCGCCUCUGCCUUUUGCCCCGCCGCUUGAUCUCUCUCUGCCAUUCCCCCUCAUUAGUGACGACAGCCUUCUCUCGCCUCUUUCACCUGAAUGGGAGUCCAGCAAGAUUACGGAUAUUCGGAGUAGUCCUACUCAUACGGAACCAAGUGUUCUACUAGCAGAGCAUCACCCAGAGGACAAUACCACAUCUCCGCUGUCACCGUUAUCACCUCUAGAUGUCGACGAUUCCCAACCUGGUCUUAGCCACUAUUACGAGCCUUCCCCGCAGCAACUGGACUCUAUCGAUUCCGACGUGGAUUGGUGGCUCCAGUCACCAACCAUGCGUACUCACACGCUUCCCCCGGAUGAACUCGAAUCUCCCCCGGACGACUCUUUCUAUUCAUUGAUAUACGAUUUUGUCCCGGACGACGCACCUCAUGUGCCACAUCCUAGUCCGACGAUCCAGCCCCUCGAUCUACCAGAUGAUCCAUACGAUCCGCCAAUACAGCCUUUCUCCCUUCUUGCGCCACCUAACGAAAAUUCUCUUCAACCAGAACCGUCUGAUCGUCAUAGUCUGUUACUCAUAGAUUACGCCAAUGAUGUACCCCAGCCACGUUCCCCCUCCCCAGAAAAUUUUGACCUCAACCCCUUGGUUGUCAACGGUUGUUCAGAUCCUGACCUUCAAAAACUGAUCGAGCUACGCAAGCGGUCUCAAGCCGCCGAGCGUGUAGCGAGGCAGUUGGAGUAUACCAUGCUCGAUCGUGGCGAUAUGCUGGCACGAGCAGAGGCGAAGCGCGAACGGAAGCGUGAGAAAGAGAGGACGAGGGAGAUUUCUGCUUUGCUCAGGCUGAAGUUGGGUGAUGAGAUCGUCAUGUCGCCGCGGAGCGAAGAGUCGUCUCCGCUGAGGAGUAUGCAGCCGAUGAAGAAGAAGUCAAGGUCGCCGAAGAAGGUCAUUGCCAGUAUGGCGCACCUGGUCGCGCGGAUGGUGUUCCGGAGACACGAUACGGUGCUCCCUCUGUCGAAAUCGGCCCAAGAUCAGGCUCGGCCUUCUGGUUCUCCUCUUCGGAAGUCAUGGGCAGUGAGGCUUGAUUCAGAGGACGAGGAUGAAGAAGAAGAUAUGCUAAGCUUGGGGUUGGGUGGAUUUGAUGAUGGAUCAGACGGAUUAUGGACUAUACCAAAAACUGGAGGUUGUUGGAGAGGUGACUGACGAAUGGUUGGUUUUUUCUCACUUCCGUUAUCUUUUCGUUGUGGAUUUCUUAUCAUAUUGUUCCAGGAAAUCUGGAAUAUUGUACUAGUAUAGUUCGAGGACCUACAGCGUUCGUCCUUUUGGUAUGCCUUCUUCCUCAACUAUUUUG